UUUUUGUUUAAAUUGUUCAUUUAAUACUGCUGUCCAAAUCUCUUGUUUUUUUUUUCAGUUAAAACGUAUCAUGUUUUCAUCCAUCUCUACUCUUGCGAUUUUUUUCAUAAAGCUGUUGCUUGAAAUAUUUUAGUUUUAUUUUAGAACCAAGUCCUGUGUAACUAUGUAAACUCAGAAUGUUCUUAGGAAUUUAUUACCUGGGAACACCUAAUGGUUAGUACAAGGUUAUAUUGAAAUACAAACAAUUCAAAGUGAACCAGUGAGUUUGUUGUGUUGUAUUGUAAGUUUGAAUGCAUGACUGAUAACCUUGCUUUGAGUUGAAACCAGUUGUUUUACAGUGAUGUUGUAACCCCAAUUCUAUCUUAUUUGAGGUAAAAUUGGAAGAUACCUUUAGGAGAUUCAGAUGGUUGCUCUUGGGUGGAGACAAACAUAAGACACAAGCUAAAUUUCGAGCGAGGGUUCAAACCUCUGAACUCAACAGAAGCCCAAAAUCCAACUGUUGCACCAUCUCUUUUCAUGAUUGGUUUUUGGAGCCUUUUGUAACAUAGAUGCAGUGAACUAAUGUCAUACUUUCUCAUAUGACAAUUUCUUUCCUAAGUAACUUUUUUUCUAUCACAUACAGGAUCUUAUACUUUUUUUAUAUAUUAAUUCGAUAAAAUUUGAUGUUUCUUAAAUCUAUUUGUGGAUCUUAUUUACUAUAAUUUCCUCACAUACUACCUGCAAGUGUGUAGGUUUGUCCUAAGUUUGUUUUUGAAGUUUAGCACAAAUUGAACUUGAGUCUCCACAAUGUUCAAUAUGACUAUUCUUAAAUGCUGAUCUUGUAGAAGAACAAGCAUCUCCAGUUGUAAUUGAGCCCCAGGCUCAACCAGGUGAUAACUGUGCUAAGAUACUCUGGAAGAAACCAAAGCAAGGCAGCAUUACUGGAUAUAAAUUAACAUGUAUAGAAAAAGACAAUCCAAGUGAGGAACCUCAAGUAAUUAUACUUGAUGCUCCUGAAACUUUAGAAGCAGAAUUUGAUAAACUGUGUUCAGGAAAAACAUAUAUUGUUGAAAUUAGAACAGUAUCAGGAAAAGAGGAAAAUGAGGCUGUUCAAGUUAUGUUUGACAUUAAAAGUGAGUUCAUAAAAUGAUUUUUUUAAACACCAGUAUUAUUUACCAUUAUUAUAGUAUUAUGUCAACUGACAAGAUCAAUAAACUUGAAAUGCUGGACUGAAAUUGUCUACAAAUAUUAUUUGCAUGCAAUUAGUUAUAGAGUAAGAAAUUAAAUUUUUACAUUACUUAAAUUUAAUUUUACUGUAUGUUGUAGACAAAGAUAAUGAUGUACCAGUUGUUGUAAAUGCAAGUUCAAUUGUGAAUGUAAAUUCUGCAAUGAUAUCAUGGAUGAAACCUGAAAAGGGCAGUGUAACAGGCUACAAGGUGUUGUGUAAGCAGGAUGCUGACACUGAUGAAGUCACUAAAGAAGUUGUUCUUAAAGACUCAGAAACAUUAGAAACAACUUUUAAUGAUCUCACAAAGGGUCAGAUUUACAUAGUUGAGAUCAUAACUCUUUCUGGUUCCAUGGAAAGUGAAGCUGUAAAACUUGAGGUUUCAACAAAAUCUCCAAUUGUUGUGGAUGCAACAGUUGAGCCAAAUGGUAGUACUGCAACUGUGUCUUGGAAAAAGCCUGCUGCUGGUUCCUACACUGGCUACAAGUUAUCAUGUCAUAUAAAGAAUGAUCCUGCAUCAAAUCUGGAAGAUCUUAUUGUUGAAGAUCCAGAUACUCUUGAAGGAAUUUUUACUGGUCUUAUUUUUGGGGAAAUAUAUGUCAUUAAUAUUAACACAUUAUGUGGUGAAAUUGAAGGUGAAGUUGUGCAGUUAGAGUUUUCUACAAGUGAGUUGUCGAUGUUUAAGGCUUCACCUUCACAGGGCUGCUUCUGGGUUUUAUUUGUGUGCAUUGUACACAUAAAGCACCAGGGUCAGGCUCCAAUUGUUUCUACUCAAAGCACUUGAUUUUGAAUACUACUGUUUUUGUAAUUAGACUCUUUAUUUGUUAUUUACUUAUCUAGUCAAGCAUUAUUUUUCUUAAUUUGCAUAAUUUUUUUUUCUACUUGUUUAUAAUUGUGCAGAAAAAAACUUGGAUUUAGAAGCAUGCAAGCAUGGAACUUAUAGAGGGCAGUAUUUCAAAUAGCAAUUGUGUUUGUAAAAUUGCUUACAGACACUUUAGAGGUUAUGUUCGAUGACCUCUUAAUGUCUGUUCUUGAAAAAUAUAGUCUUUUUCUAUAAUAGACAGUAUGAAUAUUUAAUUGGCCGGAGAAAAAUUUACAAUUUUAGUACAACGUUAACAAACUUCAGUGAAAUAACUCUUAUUGUUUUCGAACUUGCAUUACUAUAGUCUAUUCUUUUACUAUAAAUAUACUUACUUUAGACAACUACAGUGCUGAAACUUACUGGAAUUCUAUAUUUUACUGAUUCUGAAUUGCAUAAACUUCUAAGAUUCUGUUUGUGAUCAAUUCUGCAUACAUUUAAAGUUGACAUGUUUUGUUACGUCUAUAAAUUGUUCUGUUUUAUUCUCUUAUAGAUGCACCGUUUCUCAAGUACUACUAACGCGAAAGCUCUGUUAAAUUUUAAUGAAUUAGAUAAAAUAUUUUAGUAUUUUAAUUCUAUUGUAUGAUAAUAUUUUUGUAUCAGUUGGUUUCUAUUGUUGAUUUUUAUAAUUUAAUAUUUAAUUUGUAUGUUAUUCUGCUUAUAGACAUGUAUAGACAAAUGUAUGUUCUAAUGAUGUACAGUAAUAAUUAUCUAUGGCACCAUUUCUUACUGUAUUAAGAUUAAAUUUUCACUUUGUCAUUAAUUAUAUAUGAUUUAUAAUGUAUGAUGAACUUUAUUUAAAUACUUGAUUUAAUCAACAGCUUUCCAAAUUCACUUUUAAUUGCACAAUGUUAUUUUGAUAUUAUGUAAUAUUUAUGAUUUUAAUGGGCACAGCUUUUUAGCCAGUAGAUAAAUGUCAUUCUGUUCUCCUGGCUUGCCUCCAUAGUCAACAGAAUAUUUUGUUAAAGGCUCUCUACUGUUUGUAACAUGGUUUCUGGCAGAAGCUAUCCUUUGUUUGCUUAUCAUUUAUCGUAAAACCAAACACUAAAUAUAGCAAUAUUACGGUAACAGUUACUGAUUUGCUCUGUCUGAAAAAUUACUGCAAUAUUGCGAUAACAAAGGCACUGUGUGAAUGGGUAUAGACCAAUUAUUAUGGUGGUAUGCUUACUGCAUUAUUGCGGCAACGUCUGUUUGAAAGGGGUUAAAGAUACAUCUGCGAUUUAUUAUUUUUUUUACAUAUCUAAAAUUGCACCAGUUUUAUUUAUAAUACCUUUAUGGUCAUUAUGUGAAUGUGUAUAUUAAUUCAUGAAUGUGACUUUUAU